AUGCAUGAGGAGUAUUGUAGUCCAGCUAACACUGCUCAACCUUUCCAGGAAACAUUUGUGCAGAUGACAUCAGAUAGGAAUAGUGUACUUUUCUUUUUUUGGAAGGAAACCCAAUUUGAAUAUCCUUCCCAGAAACCCAAAGCAUCUUUUGUGUUUACUACACUACCUCUCAAGGAUGAAAGCCAAAGUUCUGCACAAAAAGAUAACCAAGGAGAUAGCUCAUCUAAAACAGAACAAGAGAAGCAAAGAACGGAAUCUGCUGUGUCUACACAAACUGCUAGCAUCAAAAAUGCUGAGAAUAUGCCUGAUGAAAAAAUGAACUCUAAACAAAGUGUUAAAAAUAUUCAUGAAAAUCCUAAUGAAGAUAUGUUACCUUUGGGAUCAGCUAUACCCAAAGAGACACUGGAAGAGUUAAAAAAUAUUCUCAAGGAGAGCCCAUUAAUUAUUCGUAAAAACAAAUGGAAUCCAAAAUCUACUACUACAACUCUGAUAUAUCCUUCAAACCGAGCUGAGAAGUCAAGUGAAAAAUCAGGUUUAACUUUUGAAACAUUUAAACCAUAUGUGGGGAAAGAAAAUCAGAAGUUACAAUCCACAAAAGCAUCAGAAGUAAAUGAACCCUGUGAUUUGUUAAUGGGGCAGAUUUUAUCAGACCACACAGAGCCACAAAAAGAGGAACAAUUAAUGCAGCCUGUUCUGUCAUUUGAUGAAAAUCAGAAGUUAUUACCUGAUAGAUCAAACAAUGAUUAUGGUAUUAAGUUUGAUCCUUCUACUUAUGAAAGCAUAUGUUCCAGUAGUAAAAACAUUCCUUCAACUUCAAGUGGAAGUCAAAAUCCUCUUCAAAUGGUUUCUUGUAUUGAACAUAUUAAACAGCAGAUUGCUAGAGAAGACAUAUGCUUUGUCAGAUUUGAAGCUGCUGAUUUGCAUGGCGUGUCGAGGUCAAAAACAAUUCCUGCACGCUUUUUUGAAGAAAAGGCACUUAAUGGAAUUUAUUUGCCACGGAGUUACCUUGAAUUAACUUUGAGCCCUAAGGACAGUGAAGUAGACCACAUCAACUCCAUGCAUUUCAACAGUGACAUCAUCCUGAAACCAGACUUACAAACCUUCCGAAUUCUGCCUUGGAGUGAAAAAACUGCAAGAGUAAUCUGCGAUUCAUUUAACAUUGUGGGAGAUCCACUUCUUACCUCCCCGCGCUUUUUAGCUAAACGAAUACUUAAUGAGCUGGAGGAAAUUGGGUUUUUGCUACAUGGGGCCUUCUCCUAUGAGUUUUGUAUAUUUGGUAUCACUGAAAUGAUUAAUUCCAAAACAAUCUCAUUUCCUGCAGUGACUUUGUUGACGGACCAUGACCAGUUAUUUAUGCAAGAGCUGUUUGAUAAAAUGUACUACAUUGGUGGAAACAUUGAAAGCUUUUCAUCUUCUAUUGGACCUGGACAAAUGGAGAUUUCAUUUCAACCUGAUUAUGGGUUGCAGGCUGCUGACACUGCAUUCACCUUUAAGACUGCAAUCAAAGAAGUGGCUAAAAAACAUGGAUGCAUCGCAAGUUUUUAUACUGAUAUGGUGGGUUUCUAUAAUUCUGGUGUCUUAUCUCAUAGCUUGUGGGACAUAAAUGGUAAGGAUAAUUUAUUUUACACUGGAACUCACAUGCAAGAACUUACAGAUAUUGGCAAACACUGGCUAUCUGGGCUUCUUCUCCAUUCUGCUGCACUCAGUUGCCUAGCUGCUCCAGGAGUUGCUUGCCGAAAACGUUUGUCAAAAGACAUUAAGGAGUCACAGGACAACAUCUCGGCCACCUGGGGAUUCAAUAAUAACUCUUCCACAUACAAUGUAAAAUCCUAUAGUAAUAAAGGAACUUACAUAGAAAACAAUUUAUGCACAGCAAUGGCCAACCCUUACCUAGUCUUAGCUGCCACGGUAGCUGCUGGACUGGAUGGGAUCAAGAAGGGUCUAAACUUCUUUAAAAGCAUAAACAGCAGCACAGAUCUUCCUGUGCUUAAAGCAUCAUCUAUUCCACUAAAAUUAGAGGAUUCUCUGUCUGCACUUCAAGAAGACAAAUGUAUCAGAGCAGCUUUGGGGGAACCAUUUAUUCGCUAUUUUAUUGCAAUGAAACACUAUGAGUUACAAACAGAAGAGGUUGAUUCUGAGAGAAAUAAAUUUCUUGAAUAUUUCAUAUAA